UUUGCUUUCAUGACAAGACCGGCCAUUUAGUUACACCAAUUAUUGGAAAAAAACAAAGCUUAAAUAUGUAAAAAGAUGCACGCACAGUCGCACACAUAUACUAAGAGACACAGUCGAGAGAAGAAGAAGAAGAAGAAGAAGAGUCACCGUGAUCACCACCAUCACCGACACCGUCCGAUCAAAAUCAAACCAUGUCAACGGCUCUGAUCAACUCUCUCACAUACUACCUCUCCGAGCAUCCAUACAUCGUCGGGUUCCGUUGGAGCAACAGCCAAUCAUGGGGCUCCACGUGGUCUUUCCUCUUCACCUCAAUAUCUCUCUACAUCGCCGUCUCUUCCACCCUCCACAUCAUCCUCUCCGCCUUACUCCGCCGUAACCGCUCCGUUCCUUUAGGACACAUCCCCGAACUCCACAGCCUUCUCAUGUCAAUUCUCUCCGCCACUAUUUUCGCCGGAAUCCUCCUCUCCGCCGCCGCAGAGAUCCGUGACACACGGUGGUUCUGGAGACGGAGCAAAACCGCCACUCCUCUACAGUGGCUUCUCUGUUUCCCUCUCGGGACUCGUCCCUCCGGUCGUGUCUUCUUUUGGUCGUACGCAUUUUACCUCACACGUUUCCUCCACAUGUUCCGUACGAUCUUCUCCGUUUUGCGUCGCCGGAGACUCGCCGUGUCUCAGCUCUUCUGCAACUCCGCCAUGGCCUUCACGUCGUUCCUCUGGCUCGAAUUCUCGCAGUCGUACCAGAUUCUAGCGAUUCUAUCGACGACGCUGGUUUACUCUGUGGUUUACGGGUACAGAUUCUGGACCGGGUUUGGUUUACCCGGUUUGGCUUUCCCUUCGUUUGUGGUGAAUUGUCAGUUGCUUCUCGUGGGCUGCAAUCUCGUGUCUCACGCUGGGGUUCUUACGAUGCANAUCGCACACAUAUACUAA